UAAUUCGAAUUUCAUUUUUAAGUAUGUUGUUCCCGGGUUCGCUUCCCACCACUCCAGCUCUCAUAUUCUAUCUAGUAUCUAGUCUCUCCUUUAUUUUUCUUCGCGCCAUCAAAUCAUUCACAACAAUCAAAACCCAGAAACUCAUGGAUUCCAAACUCUACGGCCUGCCUCCUCUCAAAAGAUUCAGGUUGAUGCAACAAGAAGAAGAACAACAACAACUUCAACAACAUACAGGCACGCCGGUGUUUUCUUCACCACUUCCUGCUAAGAAGCGAAAGGAAUCUCGGGAUUCGCCUCUUAUUUUCCCUGAUCCCAUUUCUGCCACUGACAGUGCCACCACCUAUUCCUUGCCCGCCAAGAAAAGGGUAUGGGCGCUUCAACCCAAUUUCAUUACCGACGAGGUUGUCUCGCCUCCUUUCGACCUCAAUGUCGAAUACAAGCAGGCUCCAGAUCUCGAGGAAGAAAACCUAGUCAGGAAAGAGGAAUUCUCAUUCGCAAAGGGUGUCGAUCAAUCUCUUCUAAAUACUAUUCCGGGAGAAAAGGGGGAUGCUACUACUGCUGAUGUUGUUCAUGUUGAUGGUAGUUGUGAUGAUGAUGAUGGUAUUUUCUGUGCUGUUUGCCAAAGCACGGAUGGGGACCCCUCAGACCCAAUUGUGUUCUGUGACGGUUGUAAUCUAAUGGUGCACGCCACCUGCUAUGGCAAUCCCCUCGUGAAGGGUAUUCCCGACGGUGAUUGGUUCUGCGCCCAAUGCCAGAUUUUUUCCUCUGAAACCGAGAAAUAUGGAAAGCCCUCUUCUUGCUGCUUAUGUCCAACCAACGGAGGUGCAUUGAAGCCCACAAUAGACGGCCUCUGGGCCCAUAUUGUGUGUGCUCUUCUGGUUCCAGAGGUGUUCUUCUGUGAUGCAGAAGGCCGGGAGGGUAUUGACUGCUCUAAGGUUCCAAACAAGAGGUGGGAAGACCAGUGUUAUGUUUGCAAGAGUACAAGUGGAUGUGCUGUCCAGUGCUCGGAGUCCAACUGUACUUUGGCCUUCCAUGUCACUUGCGGAUUGAAGGAGGAUCUUUCUAUUGAGUACAGAGAAGGGAGGAAGAAAGAUGCUAUUGUCGCUGGGUUCUGCAAAAAACACACUGAAUUAUGGAAAAAACAACAACAAACUGGAAAGUUCAAGAUUGUGGCCAGGGAUGAGCGCAAAUAGCUUGAUUGAGGUCACAUUCCGUCCUUUUCUGGUAACCUUUGGUUAUUAGAUCUGCUGGUUGGUAUUUAGGAAUAGGGUUUUUUGCUUUCGGCGGCACCGACAGAUUCCUGUAGUUUUCGCUUAAUUAUCUUAAUUCACGUUUCAAUGUGACAUCUUUUAUGCUUUUGAUACAUGUUACACGUACAUAGGUAAAUAACCGUUCCCAACUCGUAGGGUGAAUCUAAAUGUAGAAGCUCAUCAAAUAACCGUUAAUGAAUUUUCACUAACCCAAGAAACAUAGGUUUGCUUAUAAAGGUAACUCAUUGGGAAGACUGAGCUUUAGAAACUUUAGCAAGGCUGUAGGAACUGGGAGAGUAGAUUUAAUGUCUAUGUUCUGUUAUUCUCAGGUUUUAUUGGUAAUAAAGAUGAAUUAUUGUUGUUCUACAAGAUCUUGUUCGAGAUUUGGCUUCUCAAUCUAUCGGGUAACUUAAAUAGGAAUCAUCUUUAUAAUUAUGGAUGGUGUCCAAUCUUCUUAAGAGAAUCUCUUGCCAAGCUUCCUAACACUGUGUCUGAAUUACAUCUUUGAAGUUACUUUUGCUGAUAUGUGAUAAUUGUCACGAGCUCUUUUGUGUAAGAGUUCCUCCUUCAUUUACAGUUUCCUGACGAUGGUUUGAAGUCAGCAAGCUGAAUUUCAAUUGCGUUUUUUGAACAUCUAUAAAAAAAUUUCAAGUGUUUAACUCCUGCA